GGAAGGGCCGGGGCGGGCGCGGGCGGCGGCGGCGAUAGGCUGAGGCCAUGCGGGGCGCCGGGCUGCUAGCACUGGCCGCCGCGGCGCUACUGGCGGGCGGCGGGCGGCGCCUGGCCCUCCUUCUCCUCCUCCUCCUGCCGCGGCGGGCCCGCCGCGCCCUGCCCGCUGAAGGGAAGGCAGUGCUAAUAACAGGCUGCGACAAAGGUUUUGGACAUGCCUUGGCAAAACAGCUUCACGCAAAGGGAUUUACUGUUUUUGCUGGAUGCUUGCUUGUGGAUGAGAAUGGAGAUGGAGCCAGGGAGCUGAAGAACAUGAAGUCAGAUCGCAUGAAAGUGAUACAGAUGGAUGUGUGCAGUGACCAGGAGGUGGCUCAGGCUGUGGAUUUUGUGAAGAGGACCCUGAAGGAGCCAGAGGAAGGUCUGUGGGGCCUGGUGAACAAUGCUGGUGUCUCAACCUUUGGAGAGGUGGAAUUUGCAAGUUUAGACAACUACAAGAAGGUGGCAGAGAUCAACCUGUGGGGCACCGUGAGGGUGACAAAGGCUUUCCUGCCCCUCAUUCGCAGAGCUAAAGGCCGUGUGGUUAAUAUCACAAGCAUGUUGGGACGGAUGGUGAGUCCAUCUCGCUCCUGCUAUUGCAUUUCCAAGUUCGGCAUGGCAGCCUUCUCUGACUGCCUCCGGCAGGAGAUGUACCGCUGGGGUGUCAGAGUCAUCCUCAUUGAGCCCAGUAACUUCGUGGCAGCAACAGGCAUCCUGACAACAGACAGCAUCGACAAGCAGGCUGAGGCACUGUGGAGUGGAGCCAGUGACACUGUGCGGGAGGACUAUGGGAGGGAGUAUUUCACUCACCACGUGGCCCAGAUGAAGUCCUUCAUUAACAGUGGCCUGAAGGACAUGUCUCUGGUCUUGAAUGACAUCACCGAUGCACUCACUUCUAUGCACCCGAAUAACCGUUACAAUCCCAUGGAGACCUACUGGUGGGUGAGGCUGCAACUCAUGACUCACCUGCCCACUGCCAUUGCCGACUGGCUUUACAUCCCUGGAGCCACCCUGUAAAUGGCCGUCCUUCAGGCACCCUUCCAGUGCUCGUACGUACGCACAAGUUAGAGCUGUCUUAGUCAGGGCUGUCUGCACCCAUUGCUGAUGUAUCUCCCCCAUAGACGCACCUGCUUUCACUUUGGGUUAUGGCUUCGAGUCUUGUGUUGUGGGAUGUUGAGGACAGCAUGGAUUUUUUUUUCCCCGCCUAAUUCUUUCUUGUUAUACUCCCUGCUGUCCUGACUAAAGUUGAAAGGUGUUUUCCUUUUAACUGUGGAGGAGGUAGGGGAGGGUUAACAUAAUGGGUCAAAUAUGUGGCUAGUGUAAUUAGGUCAGCAAACUUCCCCUGGUGAUAAAUUUGUCUCAUUAAUGGGCUCUUGCUUUUCCUUACAAGGACAGGCUGCUAAUAGCAGAGCUAAGCUGUUGCUAUGAGAUGUCUUGAAGGGAGAAACUAAAACGGGAAACAAAAGCAGAGUUUUAUAUUUGAUUGAAAAUGGGUCAGUCACAGCCUUCCGUUGUUUUCAUGAUACUGCUAGGCAGCUCUGCUGUGCUGUGACUGUCUGCUCUUUCCAGGAAAACAGCAACACUGCCUCUAAACAGCCUCAUUACCUAGCUCGGUGGGGAGGGGGAGGGUCAGAGCCCUGCAAAGAAGGGUUCUUCCCUCCCAGCACUGUGGCCAGGAGCUGCCAGAACCAGCGACUGCAGACAGGCUGCGCAGGGAAAAGCCCUUCUAAUAAUGAGUGAGAUCUGAGCCAUCCCUCAGUCAGUCCCUGUGGCUACUGGGACUCGCAGCCUCUCUCCACCCGUUACUGAUGCGCUUUGCCAGGCAGGCUUGAAUCUGAUGUAGCAAACAAAUUUGGCUCCUCUGACUGCUACCUUAUGUACCAGUGCCUGAACUGCUCAGCUGUGGUACAGACACUGUCCAGCCAUCCCCCCUGCUUUACCCACGUCCCUGGCCCGUGCUAGGCUCCCUCUUGCUGGUGUGGGGGCUGCUCUUGGCUUUCCCAAAUCAGUUUUUUGGUUUCAUCUCCUCAGCACUUGGACAGUGACAGGGACACUGUGCAGCCAGUGUGGCCUGACUAUAAGCUCUGGAAGGGUGCUUUAAGUAACACGUUUCUUUUUUUUAAUAUUGCACAAUGAAAUUUCCAUGUCACACGUGAUUGUCACCUCAGAGAACUUCCCGAUAACUGGUAUGAGCUACUUUUGCACAGUAUCCCCAAGGAUCUCUCCCGUUGGCCAUAUACCAUGAUUUCAAUAUUUUUCCAAGGGCUGGAGCUGCCUGGCUUCAUGCCCCAUUCCCUCUGUCCAGAGGUGACCACUCCUAGAGCAGCCAGCGGGUGGGGACCCUUCCCUCUCACUCUAGGGACCAGCUUUCCCUUCUACUGCUAAACUUCAUUCUGUUUUGUCCAAUGGGAGAUUAAGUGACUAUGGAAAGAGUUUAUUGCUUGCUCUUUCCUCAUCUGUCUCUGUUAGCUCUGACUUGGAAACUCUGCCAUAAACUUCUUAUAAGCCACUGGCUGUAAAUGCUUGGGGUCUGUAUGGACCUGUGAAUGCUGUGAUGCCAGAGGAGGAAAGCUGGCUUCCCUUGGAGAUGCUGUGGAGGUAGCUUGUAUUACAAAUAACAACUACUAGAAAUGCUGGCCGUGCAGUUCUUUUCUAUUCCAGAUCAUCAGCACAUGGAGUUUGCCUGGAAUCUGAGUCUCAGAAAGAUCCCACUGAACUGCAGCUUAGGCAGUGUUGUAAUCACUUCUGCUCCUUGCACUGCAAAAUGUGAAUAAUGUUAAAUAGCACUGAAUUGCACAGAGAGAAAAAUAAACUGUGAGAUUUGUAAAGCACA